ACAAUAAGCAGUUGGAUAUCGAGAUCGAAACAGAGCAGUGGUCGAGUAGUGUAGUCGACAGUGAUUGUGGUCCAUUGAAUUAAUGUGAUAAUAGUUCAAGUGAGCACGCUGAUCGCUAUGAUUACGAAGUGGCAACUCGUUCUACCAGUCUGCUGUACGAUCCUGUUCUUGUUUUGGAUAACCGGGUCGACAGGAAUAUACAUAACAAACCUGAACGAAGCUUGCUACAACUGCCUCUGUUAUGUCUCCACCAAAUGUGACUUGAACCACGAGUGCACAGGCGGCUACUGUGGACCCUUUAACAUCUCCAGGAUAUACUGGGUGGACGCUGGGAUGGUGGUGUUCCCAGCAGACGAACCUGAACGGAACAACGCUUGGAAAGACUGCGCCAGGGAUUAUAAUUGCGCAAAAUCCAUCAUCGAGGGAUACCUAACGAAGUUUGGCAGGGAUUGUAACGGUGAUGGUAUAACCAACUGCUUCGACUACAUGAUGGUCAACGGUAACGGUGGUUACGGCUGCACCGCCAACCUGAACCGCUCCGUCAACGGGAGGAGAUGGCUUCAGCGCUACAACGAAUGUAGAUUGUAGCACACUCUUGAUAUAUUGUAGCCAAGUCUGAAACCGUCCUAUGAAAUGUAUCAGCAAUAUGAUUCCUAUGAAAGUCAAUCAAAAACGGAAAUCAGAAACCAUUUAUGACUUGAAAUUAUUAAUAUAAUAGUUGAUAAAAGUAUCACUAAAAGUUUCUAUAAUUGUAAACAUAAUAAUUUUCGGAAACCCAUGAACAAUAAUGUAAUUUUAGCUAAGAACUAUCUCCACCAAGUCAGCAUUCAAAGUAAAAGAAGACAUCAAAAUAUCUAUACGUUUAGGAGCACAAAUGCCACAGACAGACACACAGUUUCACAACAUGUCAAACAUAUAAGAACUCUAUUUACGCAUCGGGUAUUAAAAAAGGCUGCUUUAUAAUCUAUGCUUUUUCUGAAUUAAUUAGUUGAAUAUUUCACAUCUAAGAUUAGAUCAGAUUCCUCAGAAUACAGAGGUCUUAAGAUUCUAAUCAACAGAUAUAUCUGUACUCUAUACAUCUGAUUAAGUAUUUGAAUUGAAGUAACUCCUAGUUUGUAAGCAUUAUAAAAUAAUAUUCUUGCCAGUAAGAUAUGUAAUGUCGUAAUUUAUUCCAAAUAUAACAUUUUCUAUAAGCAUCCAAAAUCGGUACUGUGACUAUUUGAACACUCUUAUGUAGUUUUAAUUAUAGCUGUAUCAUUAACAUCUUUACCCUAAGUUUUUAGCAUUAAAAAAUAUACUCGUGAUAUCAUUCGCUCCUUUUAGGAAUGUCAAAGGAAAUAUUUGAAAUUAGAAUACAAAAUAUUUAAAUAUA